GGAGAGAGAGAGGAGAAACCCAGUUGCUUUGAGUUGCAGGCUGAGGUGGAUGGAGAAGACAGGAUCUGCUGGCUGGCAUGGUAGCCGGGGGGAGAGCAUCAUUUUACUGCUGCAGAUUUGUUUGCUCUGAAUACCUGCAGUAGACAAGGAGAAUUCCAUAAGAUGCUCCACUUUGAUCAUCUUGAGCAGCUAAAGGCCAUAAAGAAGCAUCAGAAAGAUCAGCUUGAUUCCCAGAGAAUAAUUCACAGCAAAGGGUCUGCAAUUCCUCUUUGAAAAGAAGAAGUGCAACACCCACACUUGGUAUCCUAUUCUCUGUUCCUGCAUUCAAUAUCUUCUUGUUCAGGCCGGGGCAAAGAUUAGUGCAUUAAAGCAUCCUGGCAAUUAUUUACUCAACCUUCUUUCCUGGACAAGUGUUCAGAAUUGUAGAGGUUUAUCUUUUUUUCCCCUUAGAAGAAAUCAAAGGCUAGUCCUUGCUACACCCAAUCAAUGAAGCACUGUCUGAACCCUUCCCAGUAAGAGUGCAGAAAGGGACAAAAUGCUAGAGGCGACCUUACGGCAACCUUGUCUCCAACCUCAAUCCAGCUGUGCUGGGACCAGCAAAGCAAAGCAAAAUCCAUACAGUUUUAAGAAGCCCAAGCCUGACUUGGUUGAUGGAUAUGGCUGCUUGGAAGGCCUGCAAGGAAAGGAGAGAGAAAGCAGUCAAAGAUGUCUCCCAGCUGGGAAGAAUCGCCCAGCAGAGCAAGAGAUAAAAGAGUCAGCAAGAAAGAGUUUCUUGCAGGAAUCUUGGAAAGCCAGUGGAGAUAUGCUACCGUUCAAGGGAGAUGGCAGCGGGCUGAUAUCAGGGGGUGAGUGCCCCACGACGAGAGACUCUCCAAGGCCAGCUUUGGACUUGCUCCAGCCUGGGUUUAGCAAAAACGGCGACCCGAGUCAAGAAUGGAAAGUGGUGAAAGUGAAGCGAGUCCUUAUUUCUCCUGUGGCUGAGCCUAGGAAAGCAAAUGUUUCGAGAAGUGCCAGCCUUUCUGAGAAAGAGCUGAAGGAAGCGAAAGCCAGGAGCCAGAGAAUUGCAGCUCAGCUGACAACCCCACCAAGCUCCAACUCCAAAGGAGUCCUUCUGUUUCACCGGCGCAAGCAGCGGGUGAAUGCUUUUACCUUAGAGGCCCCCAAGACAACAAGCCUGAAGCAAGCAGGGGCCGAACGCAUCCCCAGAGCUACUCAGAAGCACCAAAGCAGCCCAAGACAUGGGAAAGAGCCCCAUUUGAAGCAGGCCUCAAUAGACAUCGGAGCAUCAGAAGGAUUAUCCUGUGCCAAGAACUCUGAGUUGCGGGGGCAAAAAGGCAGCAUGGAAGAAUACGAGAAAAGCCUGGCUCUGGAGCAGACUCUAGAUAACACACAGGGCUCUCAAAGGCAUAAAAUAAGAAGUGAGGAGGCCGUUUCCACAAUUCACGCCACGUUGUCCUCUGAGGAAAUCCCAGCUGAAGACUUUGAGCAAAUUCCUCUCAGCGUGUACCUGAAGGAAACUACGGGGACAGCCUCCACCAAUGGAAUGCAUGAACUUAUCGCCAACAAAUUUGAAAAGGCACUAGUUACUGAGCAAGUGCCAGUUGUUGACAAUAUGGAAAAAAUACUGCCUAUUUUUGAUGCUGUCCCUGUCGCUGACAGGGAGAAUAACAGCACCAUUCUUGAACAGGCACCGUGUGUACUGCAUACAGACAGGGAAAACAAUGUUCUCGAUAAAGAACCAUAUUUGCCAAAUAUUGACAGCAAGAAUAACAACAACAUCCCUGACAAGGUGCUGUAUGCACCUGUUCUCGAUCAGGAAAACAAUAUUUUUCUUGACAAGCCAAUGAGUGAACCAGUGAUUGACAGGAAGGAGAACGGAGAGAUUCUCAUCAAGGAGCCGGAUGUACCAAUCAUUGAGGACAAGGACGUUUCGCCUGCUGCUGAGGAAGAGAAACCCAUGCUAGCUACCGACACGCAGCCCAGCGAGACUGUGACACACACUAAUAAGCAGUACUGUGAAGUACGCCUGACUUUGUCUAAACCGUUGCCUGUGAAGAACCGAACUGCAAGACCAUUUGGGACUCGACUGCUGGCUGCAGCUCAGGCGCCAGCAGAGAAGAGUCCUGUGGCUGAGUUUCCUCCUCCACCCACUUAUGCAGAGACAUUUUCCAGCCCUCCUCCAGUAACUAGGGUCAGGUCACCUCCGGCCUACUCAGCACUGUAUCCUACUGAAGAACAGAAAGCUCCUGUUCCUCAUGAGGCUACGUAUGUAGACAGCAGACCAGGACCUCUUCCUGGAGGAGAGGACAGGGAGUCACCAGCAACCGAAACAGGCCUUCUGGAGGAGUCCGUAGCCCGCAGAGCAACAAAGAAGUCCAUGUUCACCUUUGUCGAGAAGCCCAAAGUGGCUCCUAAUCCAGAUCUCUUGAAUUUAGUCCAGAGAGCAGAUAACAGGAAAAAGGGGAGAGGACAAGGAGGAGCAUCCAGUCUGGAAGAGGAGCCAUUUGCUCUGGGCGCGGAGGCCUCUAACUUCCUGCCUGAAAACAGAUCAAUAGAAGGACCAGCUCAGGCUCCUGCAGAUAAUGCCCCAGAGUGGUCUUCGUGUUUAAGGUCACCAAGAAUACAACCCAAGCCGAUGAUCAAAUCCAACCAAAGCCUAUCAGAGGCGAGAGGAAAGGGGGCAGAACUAUUUGCCAGACGGCAGUCGAGGAUGCAGAAGUAUGUCAUUGAGUCUCCAUCGCACCCAGACAUAGGCAGGUCACCUUCUCCUACCAUGUCCCUCCCUCCCUCCUGGAAAUACGCUUCAGAAACUCAUCUCUCCCCAGUCACAUUCCAGGCCCCUCCCAAAAGUCCAGCCAGAUCUCCCAAAGCUCCUCCUCUGCCUUUGUACAACAGCAACAUGUCGGAGAGCGAGAUUUCCAAAAAGGAGCUGGAGAUCUCCAAGCAGCAGCCUUACCAGCUUCAGUCCUCCUUGUUCAUCCUUUCCCCAGCCAAAGACCCCGUGAGGUCCUUACCAAAAGGGGCACCGCCACCCAAGCCUGUGGUUGCUGAGCCCACAUAUAUGAGACAGGCCUCUUGCCCAACAUCUCCCUUGCCUCCUUCUCCUGUUUUUCAUCCACUUGCCCAGUUCAGCCAGGGCAGACCAUAUCCUGCUCCUUUCGCCCCAUCACCCGGGACUUCGCUUGCCCCUCAGAAUGUCCAGACAAGCAUGGAAGCAUCGCAGGAGCCGCCUUUUGAAUACUCUUCAAGAAUUUUGUCGCCUAGAGCAAAAGGAGUCUUCCAAGCUCCAAGGCCUUCUUAUUCCACCAAGAAUGCUGGAAUUGAGCCUCAGGAAAGGAAGAUGUCCCUCCCUGCUUCCCCGACGUGGACUCCCCGACUGCUGCGCCGACCACCUAGCAGUUUAGACGGCUGGGUGAGUCCAGCCCAAACUCCAGAGCCCGAGGAAGGGCUUAUAGAGGCCUUUCGAGUAGCCAGUGUCAUGACCCCGCCUCCCCCGCCCAUGUCUCCAUCCUGGAGCGAAAGAUCUGUGUCCCCAUUUCGGCAAGAGGCUGACCCCAAGUCCAGCCGACAGAUGCAGGUGCUGCUGGCCAGAAACAUCAUCAACGCUGCCAAGAGGAAGAGCUCUUCUCCCAAAGCUGUGGCCAUAGAGAGCUUCAGGCCCUUCACUCCUCCUGCCACUCCCUCAGGUGGAAGUCCUAAGAGUGUGGGCAACCAUUCCCCAAGCCCGCUGCCAUCUCCCAGGCCAACAAGGGUGGACGGAUACAGGCGUGUGUCUCUUCCUCUCUCUGCCACACCGCCUCAUCCCAGUGCGCCUUCAAACAACAGUCCCAGGUUGCUAGGCAGCCAGUCCCCGACCUACAAGAGCCCGCUGCAGUCUCCCAAAGCAGUGCGGAUGAAUGGGAACAAGUAUUUCACCAUGCCUGCCAGCACUGGGGCAUCCCUCUGCCACGCAGUGGCAUCCAACAAUGGCCUGAGAACAGCAGGCACCCAUUCUGCGGCCCAGUCUCCGAAACCCUCCAUUGUGGAGAGUCACAGGAUCUCCACACCCCCAGGAAGCACAACCAGGAAAUCAUCGUGUCCCAGCCCUAAGAAUGUAGGCACCUGCUCCCCCACCAUCAAAAGCCCUUUGCAGUCUCCCAUGGUAGGAGUCCGUUCUCCGCUAAAGCGCUUCACCUCCCUGUCACCCACCAACUCAGACGUAUCCCUCGACUCAGAAGACUCUGGGAUCAAGUCGCCCAGCAUCCGCAGCUUCAACAUUUGUCCCCGGGGCUGGAAUGGAAGCCUGAGGCUGAAGCGGGGAAGCCUCCCUGCAGAAGCCCCCUGUACCUCCUAAACCUAGGGCAGCAGAUGAGAAGGAGAAACAACCAGCAAAGUUGCCUGUUGCCAAAAUAUUAUGAAGUCCUACUACAGCCACUUAAUCCCACCCAUCUCAUUAAGCAUCAAGAGGAAGGAGCUGGGCCUGCACAGAUGCAAUCCCUUCCCAAAAAGCCUGCUCCUUUCUGAGGUUUAGAAGAAUGGAUCAGAGCCCAUUUGUUUGUGGGGAAGACCUUUCAGAUCAGAGGUACUCUCAAACCAAACAAAACAUGGCUGAGAUUCUACCCACCAACACACCAGAUCAUCAUGGGCUCCAUCCUCACAGCAUUUGCCUGCUUUUUUGGCGUUCAUUUGUCUCUGCUAGACUGGAGCCACCAGUGACUUCCUCGCUCAAGGGAGUCUAAUGAGGCUUUGGCUGCUUUUGUUGUCACGCAGUAACAUCCUGUGGGAUGAGGACAAUUGUACACACACAGCCUGCAGCAUAAUCCCCGGCAGACUGUCAACACGAGAGAACAGGAGGAGAGGCCUGCCAACAGCUUUGUUUGCCUUCCAUAUAAUAGUUGUUAUUGGCUUUCCCCCUCUAUUCUGACGGUGGCCACUAGUCUGCCCUCACACCAGGGGGGCUGGACAUGAAGGUGAGGCAUGGCCAAGAAUCCCAGUCAGCAGUUACCCCUGGUGGCUGAUCUGUGCAAUGUAGCUUUAGCUCCAAAGAGAAGGCCUGGCUUUACACAAGCCCUGUGUAUCCAAAGAAGUUAGCCUCAUGGGCUCUAGGGUGCUGGAAAUCCACACUGGGAUAUGACCCAAGCAAUCCUGUAUCCUGGGGCGGAGGUGUGGAAUAUUCCACCACAACACAGGUGGAGUGGCUGCUCAGUCCAGAAGGCAAAGGCAAAAUACUCAACAUAAAAAUGACAUCCCUGCAGCCAAUGUCCAAAUGUUAUCUGGGUCCCAAAACUGAUAAAUGCCUGGAACAU